UUGGGUCAGUUAGCUUGAUGAAAAGAUUUGUUUUGAACGAUUGUCGCGUAGAAAAAGCAAAAACAAAAAAAAAUAACAAGCACGAACACCAAAGCUAAAAGAGAAAAAAGAGUAAACAGCUGCUCUUCACAAUUUCUCGGUGGAAAAUCGAUAAGCUGCGAUUUGUACGAACGGCGUGAACGUUUUCUUGUGUUUCCAUUUCGCGACUGGAGCGUUGGAGGUGGCAGUACUCGAUUACAUGACUCAGUGCUUCGGAUAAGGGGCCGUACAGUGACACCGAUAAUUUAAUCGCGCACCAACAACCAUUGGAAUGUGAACAGCACCAUGGAACGGGUAGAACAGCUUAAUGGCCCAUUGGAAAAGCGUACGUUGUCGUACCGUGAGGCGGAAGACAGUGACGAACAUCCUGAAUCUCUAUCGACGCUAGAAGAAUCAUGUAAUCCCGCUCCGACCGCAAACGGUGAUAACGAAUCCGGAAUGUCUCGCGAGGGUGAAACUGAAGGUAGUAGUGGGGUACAAAAGUGCAUCAAUGAGGAUGAUGAAAUAAAUGAAUCGACCCGUCUCAUUCGGGCGCACGAUGAGGAAAACUCCUCCAACGGCACAACAUCGCCCGGACUGGCCGGGAAAAACAUUGCCCUCGUACAACCUAACAAUCACCGACGAUCGGAUGAACCGACAGAGUUAAGCUUCGAGAAAUUUCCGGAAAAUCAUGAGGAAAAACUGAAACGCAUUAAGAUCGAAAACGCACUGGACGACCCGAAGACACCGUUGGAGGCCUGGAAGCAGUUUGCCAAAUCGGAGUACGGUCUUAUAAAUGAUGACUUGCGGCGAAAGAUCUGGCCACUGCUGGUCGGUGUUGACCCACAACAGGUCGAUCCAGCACCUUCGCUGGAGGAAUUAAACAACCAUCCCGAGUACAAUCAGGUGGUACUGGAUGUUAACCGCUCGCUGAAGCGCUUUCCACCCGGCAUUCCAUACGAGCAGCGUGUGGCACUGCAGGAUCAGCUAACCGUGCUGAUUCUUCGUGUCAUUAUCAAGUACCCACAUCUGAAGUAUUACCAAGGAUACCACGAUGUAGCAAUCACGUUCCUGCUUGUCGUGGGUGAAGAGGUUGCAUUUCACGUGAUGGAAAUAUUGUCCACGAACCAUCUGGUCGAAUGUAUGCAAGAAACGAUGGAACCAACACAGCGACGAUUGAUGUUCAUUUAUCCGCUUGUACGCCGGGAAAAUGCGGCACUGUGUAGCUACCUGGAAAGAUCAACGGUAGGAACACUCUUUGCCUUACCAUGGUACCUGACCUGGUUCGGGCACAGUCUGAACUCGUACCGUUCGGUGGUACGAUUGUACGACUACUUUCUGGCGUCCGAUUUUCUACUGCCAAUCUACGUUACCUCCGCGAUCGUGAUUUAUCGCCAGAAUGAGAUAUUUCAGGAGGACUGUGAUAUGGCUUCUCUGCACUGUUUACUCUCACAGCUACCUGAAGAUCUCCCAUUUGAAUACUUGCUAAAGAGUGCCGAAAAUUUGUACCGAAAGUAUCCCCCACGGGUAAUCGAAAAGGAUGUCGAAACGAUGAUCGCCAAAGAGAAACAGCAACGUAUUAACGAAGAGCGUGAACGUGAAUAUCGAAAACUGUAUGGCAAAAAACCACCCCCGGUCUCGAACUCCAUCAUCAGUCGGUUUCUGCCCCAUCUGCAACUGUCCCGUCGGUCGGUGUUUGUUACGACCGCAUUCUCGAUACUGGUCGGCUUCUGUGCGUACUACUAUCGUGCGCACUACAUACCACUGUCAGCGGUCAGAUGAGUGGAGCUGUUCCGAACGCGACUACCGUCGUCGUUCGUCGUUUGUGCCUCGUUUAAUCCACUGGCCGUUUUUGGGCGCUCGUGGCAUACGGGUGACAACAGCGCACAGGUCCAGUAAACCGAUAUGGAUAAUUUAUGCUUUCAAUCGGCAAAUUGUGAUGUAUUAUUUCUAUACCAUUAUGCGACUCAUUGUGCUUCAUUUUUUUUGUUUUGCAACAUAUUUCAUGUCCGUAUCCUACACGUUCCGAUCGCUCGUAUUCACGCUUCCGUUUUAUUUUUUACUUGAUUUCGUUUAUUCGUUUGUACAUACUUUGGAAGAUUGUUCGCAUCUGAUUGUGAUGCCGAUGGUAGCAAUAGGGAGCCUGUUACGAGUCGUGUUGGAAUAGUUUGCUGGCUAAGGGUGAUUGGAGCAGUGGGGUGUUUUCAUCGAAUAGAUUAAAAUAUUUCUUUUUGUUGUGCGAUAUUUUUUGUAUCAUCAAAUUUACUAAUAAAAUUCUUUCAAUUGCUUAAAACA